AUGAAGCCUUCUCAUCUUAUCCCUGUCAUUCUUGGCUUAUUAGGGCCUGUCAGUGGCCAGUGCAGCGCCAGUGGUCAUGGCUCUACUGGUAAAUUAUCAGGAUCAACAGUCAGCCUCGUUGCAACGGAAUAUGGUACUGUCUUUGAUGCUCCAGUGACCAUCGGCGACCAAACAUUCAUGCUUCUUGUUGACACAGGCAGCAGUGAUACAUAUGUCAUGCAAUCUGGCUAUAUCUGUAUCAAUGCAACUAGCAAUCUGAAGAUUCCAGAAGAAGGCUGCCAGUAUUCGAACAAGACCUAUCACAAAUCCAAAGCAUAUCGACCCGUGCGAGGGGAGUUCUUCGGAGUUGAAUAUGGCGCAGGACUUGCAAGUGGCCUCUUUGCCUACGAACAAGUUACCAUGGGCAAUAUCACCGCCGAAGGCCAGAAGGUCGCGAUUGCCAAUGUCUCUAACCCUAUGGGUGAUGGUGUGAACAAUGGUCUCCUUGGCUUGGCCUAUCCAUCGAUCACCUCGGCACAUCCAUUAAACGACACCUCGAACGCGACAUAUUGGUAUAACCGCCUGGUUUACAGUCCCCUAAUGAACACAAUGUAUGACCAAGCUCUCAUUGAGCCUUACUUCAGUCUCGCGCUAGCUCAUACACCACAAAACAAAUCCACUUCCUUUGGUGGCUACAUGACUGUUGGUGGUCUUCCCCCUGUUGAGCACAGCUCCCACUUUUCAACAGUCCCCGUCGAGAUCACCGACAACAUUCCAUUGUGGUAUACAUCUGGUAAAAAGACACGGUCAUAUUGGUCCACAACUAUCACAAACGUCACGUAUGGCUCAUCUAUGAACAACCUGACUUCCAACUCGACUUCUUUCCAAGCUUUUUUUGACUCAGGAAACUACAUCUCUUACCUUCCUUCUGCAGUUGUCGAUCCUAUCAAUGCACUAUUUUCUCCACCGGCAGUCUAUGACUCCUCUUUGGGAUUGUACAUUGUCGAUUGCUCCGCAAAGACCCCCGAGUUUGGUCUGUAUCUUGGUGACCAAAUGUUCUUCCAUGACGGCUCGGAUCUUAUCUAUCAGACGGGUGAAGGGCUUUGUGUAUCAAGCCUGGGGUCCUCAGAGGAUGUUUCACUUGGUGGAUUGACCUUGAACAUUGUUGGAGUUCCCUUGCUAAAGAAUGUCGUUGCUGUUUUCGACUUCGGAAAGAAUGAGAUGCGGUUUUCCAAAAAGCUCAGCUCACAGUAG